AAGUAAAAAGUAGAAGUGUGAAUUGAGUGAUUCGUAAACCCUAAUUUUGAUUGUUGACGAACCCGAAUUGGAAUCGUCAUUUUGAGAUGGCGACACAGUCAGUCAAUGCAGUGAUCGUCGAUCUUCCCGGAGAUGUAAACGAUGACGGCGACAAUUCCGAUUGUUUCAUCUUCUCCGCACCUCUCUCGACUCGUGGUUCCACCAAGCGUGACGCCAUUUCAGUUGAGAAUUACGACCGUGAUCGCAAACUUCAACGUCUCUGGGUCAGCUCUCCUCACACCCCAGUCAAAUCAGAAUCUCCAAUUUACAUAGAUCUUGAUCAGUACGACGACGACGACGAUGAUGAUAUCAGAAUCCUCUGUUUCCCACCACCAACCUUCGCCAAAUUCGUAGAAAAGGGACAGUCUUCGGCUUCAGCGACGACGGCGACCUUCGACUGCGAGAUAUGUGUUGAAUCAAAAUCCAUAAUUGAGACGUUUCGAAUCAGUGGAUGCUCUCACUUCUACUGCAGCGACUGCGUCUCGAAAUACAUAGCCGCCAGGUUACAAGACAACGUCCUCUCGAUCGAGUGUCCUGUCUCUGGUUGCACCGGUCGGCUCGAGCCAGAUCAUUGUCGUCAGAUCCUGCCAAGAGAGGUUUUUGAUCGGUGGGGAGAUGCUCUGUGUGAGGCAGUGGUGAUGCGUUCGAAGAGAAUCUACUGUCCGUACAAGGAUUGCUCUGCUUUGCUCUUCUUGGAAGAGAGUGAAAAGAACAUGAAGGAUGCAGAGUGUCCUCAUUGCCAUAGGAUGGUGUGUGUGGAGUGUGGGACUAAGUGGCACCCGGAGAUAACUUGCGAGGAGUUUCAGAAGCUAGAGGAGAACGAAAGAGGAAGAGAUGAUAUAUUGCUCGCGAAGAUGGCCAAGAAUAAGAAAUGGAAAAGAUGUCCAUCUUGCAAAUUCUACAUUGAAAAGUCUCAAGGUUGCUUAUACAUGAAGUGCAGGUGUGGAUUGGGUUUUUGCUACAACUGUGGAACACCAGCUAAGGACAACUCUCACUAUUGUUAUCAUUGUAGGCGUUGAAUUAUUAGGGACAACUCUCACUAUUGUUAUCAUUGAUGUCUUAAAAAGCUAAGCUUAAGCUUUAUGGAUAUGGAAUUGUUCUAUUAGGUAUGGCUUUAUUAAUACUUCUUCUUAGGUCUAAUCUCUUUUCUUUACAUCUUGUAACAUCUUUGAUUGGUAUAUCUUGGAAGUUCUGUAACUCAAACACUCAUUAUCUUGUAACAUUUAAAGUCCUAUCUCUACUCGCCUUGAGGGGAUUCUCCUUUCUGUGUA